AUGAAAAAGUUUACAAACGAAGAUCCUCCUAUUCCUGAAGAAGGAAUGCCAGAAAAUCAGCACUUCAUGGUUAUUGAGGCUUGGAAGCAUUCAAAUUUCUUGUGCAAGGGCUACAUCCUUAGUGCUUUAGAGGAUGACCUAUACAACGUCUACAGUUCUGUGAAGACUUCAAAAGAAUUGUGGAUUGUACUUGAAAAGAAGUAUAAAACUGAAGACGCAUGCUUGAAAAAAUUUGUGGUUGCUAAGUUUCUAGACUAUAAAAUGGUGGACAGUAAAAACGUUGGAGCCCAUGUUCAAGAGCUUCAAGUUCUUAUCCUUGACCUUAUUGUUGAAGGUAUGGUAAUUAAUGAGGCGUUUCAGGUGGCUGCAGUGAUUGAAAAGUUGCCUCCUUCAUGGAGAGAUUUUAAGAACUACCUGAAACAUAAAUACAAAGCAAUGACACUGGAAGAUCUUGUGAUACGUUUGAAGAUCGAGGAGGAUGACAAAGUUGCCGAAAAGAAAUCGCAUGGAAACUCAGCGAUUAUAAGAGCAAACAUCAUUGAAGAAGCUGCUCCAAAUAAUAAGAAAAGGAAGAAGACGUCUGGGCAAAGGAAGGAGCAAGAAAAAAUUCAAAGGCAACUGAUAUAA